GGAAGCCUCGCAGCGUGGUACCAGCCACCCACCCACGUGUGCACGUGCGCUCCCCAGCAACCGGGGUGGGGCGGGGCGGCAGGCGUCCAGACCCGCGAGGCGACCCCCGCCCAGGCGGGAGCGAGACCACGUGAGCGGGGCCGGCUGGGGCUGCGGAUGUCCCCGCCGCCGCCAAGCUACGUGCGGCAGCUGUGUCCCCGGCGGCUGCCUGCGUCCUGCCCCGGCGGCGCGCUGGCACCGCUCUUGGAACCUGCUGGUUGCAAAGUGGAACCGCGGGGCGGAGUGGAGGGUGAGCGCCCCUUCGCCUGCGACUGGCCGGGCUGCGACAAGAAGUUCGCGCGCUCCGACGAGCUGGCCCGCCACCACCGGACGCACACGGGCGAGAAGCGCUUCCCCUGCCCGCUCUGCUCCAAGCGCUUCACCCGCAGCGACCACCUGACCAAGCACGCGCGCCGCCACCCCGGCUUCCGCCCGGAACUGCUCCGGCGCCCGGGCGCCCGCAGCUCCUCGCCCAGCGACUCUCUGCCCUGCAGCCCCGCACCCAGCCCGGCGCCCAGCCCGGCCCCCGCCGGCCUGUAGGGCCCGGCCCGCCCGCCCUGAGCGCGCCCUCGCAGGGCCGGGCAUGGAACACCAGCAUCACGCCUGCUGUCUAGGGCCCGGGGCGGGGCUCGCACCCACGGGUCAGCCCAGCCCCUUCCAGCGUUCCCCUGAGGGCCCCGAAGAUGCCCCUGCCCCGCCUCGAGAAACCAAGGAGGGGGAGCUGAGACUGCACGGGGUCACCCGGGCCUCAGAGGGGUGGCUGGAGCCCGCGUCUGUAAAUAGCCAGGAUCUUUGAUUUUCUUUCCAUCUGUUAAACGGAGACCCCAGGCGGGUGGCUGGCGGGCGCUCCCCCCCCCCCCUUCCCCACCUCCCUGCUUUGGCGGGGGUGGGGGAUGGGUCUUGGGAGGGGGGCAGAAAAGGCGCCCCCUUAACCAGCGCUCAGACUCAGCCCCCAGGCCCCUCGCUCCAGGUUGGGAUGAAGUGUGCUAAUAGCCAUAGAUGAACCAGGGGUUGUCGCGGCCCCUGCCUGUCCCCACCCCCCCAACCCCACCUGGGGCCCCUCACCCCACCGAAAGCCAUUGGAAACGUUCAGGGAACGGGGUGCGGCCCUGCCGCCCCCUCUCGGGUACGCAAUCUCAGGUGUCCACAGGUUCUGCCCCACUGCCCACUGUGGCGGGGGGGGGGGGGGGGGGGGCGGGGGGCCCGCCCAGCGCCGCAGCGGCAGGGGCAGGGGCAGGGCGUGGUGAGGUGGUAGGGUUUCCAUAGGGGUCCGCAUUUUGCUUCUGAGAUUUUGGGGGGAGGGAGGGGAACUGGGGUUCUUCCAAAGAGCAUUUGACUCACUUUUGGGGAGAGGCGCAUAUCAUGAGAUGGGAACGCAACGCCGGCUUAUUUAUUUUUUUCUGUCCAUGCUGGCCUGGGGGGCCGCGGGGCCCCCUCUGGGUGGGUGUGUGAGUGCGUGAGUGAGAAAGACUGCAGGGGAAGCUGGCGCCCCGCCCAGCUCCCUGCUUCUGCCGGGGUAGGGUCCCCGACUUUGGCCUUCCACAGCAUCAUGUGACAAUCAGUCCCUCUUGUUUGGGACCACGACAGCCAUUGGGAGAAGUGUGCCCCCUCCCAGCCCUGCAGGUGGGGGCUGGGCGCCCUGGCCCCUCCCCUUGUGCCGCGAGGCCCCUGGACCCGCGGUUGAGGUCCCGCCCACGGGGACUCGAGGCAGGCGGGCUGACCCCCGGACCCCCUGGGAUAGCUCGUUUUUUUUGGACCGGGUAGAAUAUUUUUUCAGGCGCCGAUCGCUUUUUUGAUCCGGGCCCCCGUGGGUGGUCCGUCGUCCUCAGGGGGGUUGUGGUGGGGGGGAGGGUCUCCAUGAACUGAACUUAGGGUGGGGAGGGCUCAACGCCCCAUCGUCUCCUAGUGUCUUCCCACUGUGGCUUCGGUUGGAUUCAUUUUGGACUGAGGACUCCCAUCCUGGAACGGGAAGGGACCCCCUGCUCCCUGCCCUGAGACCCCGACAGGGACACCCCCCACCCCACCGUUGGCUGCAGGAGAUUCGUCUCUCCUCCGUCUGUUCCCGAAGCAUUCCUGUCUCCCCAGUGGGGACUGCGGGGCUUGGAUGGCGGUGACGUGGACCCGGCCCCCGGCCUGGCAGGAUCCAGGGAUGGGGGUCCGGGGUCCCGGGGAGGGGGGCGGGGUGGGCGGGGUCUUCCGGCUCGCCCCCCCCCCCCCCACCGCAUGUCCUUGCGGGGCAGGUCCAUCAGUCCGCAAACGCUCCCUUUCGGCAGCAUUGGUCAGAUGCCUUAGUCCGUGGGGUGGGGGGCAGGCCGGGGCCCCGUUUUCCUUUGUGUCUGCCUGGACGUCCCCUUAGUUGCCCCAGCCCUGGCCGGCGCCUGUCCCCAGGGGUAGGCCAGUGGGUCCGAGGGCCCAGGAAGCCAAGAACUCGUCCCCGGUCCCUCUCCAGUGUCCAGGGGCCUGGAGAGCCCCGCGCCCCGCCUCCCGCAAGGGGCCGGUGGUCAUUGGGACCUGGUUUCAGCCAUUUAGCUGUGGCCCCUCGACGGGGUGUGGGGGGAGGAGGGGAGGGCCCCAAGGGACUUACGCUUUCGGGUGGCGCCCCUCCCCCUGCCCUGCCUGGCCUCAUCCUCGUAUUUAAUUAAUUAAAACAAGCCCUUUUUUAA